AUGUCGUUCGUCCUCGAUAAACUCAUCGGACAAGACGCAAGCAACGGUCAUCGCCGACGAAAUCCGUGGAAAAGGUUAAGUAUUGUUCAAGAAUUCUGGUUUUUACCGGCAAGUUUUUCUUCUGGAUUUAGGCAUCACCAUCACACAGUUUCUCCAAUUGAUCUUGCUACUAGUUGGAGAGCUUAUAGGGAGAACCUCCAGCCUUCUACUGUACGUGGAAUUCCUGAUGUCAGCAUUAAUCCUGAUCCAAAAUCUGUUGAGUGUCCUUUAGAAAGUUUGGAGCUUGAUCUUGCACAUUAUGAAGUUCCUGCUCCUACGCCUUCUGCAAACUCGUACCUUGUUUAUGCGGCGGAUAAUGCAGAGAAUCCACGAUCUCUUUCAGCUUCUGGUUCAUUUAAUGACAGUACUCCAAAAGCAGCACAGAGAAAUUCUGAAGAUUCCGGUGUUACGGUUGAUGGAUCACCAUCUGCAAAGGUAGUACUUUGUUUAGUUGCGUGGAUCAUGGACUUUACCGACUCAGAAACACAACAACCUGAUGAUCUACCAAAUCUGGAAACAGAUUACACUAUGCCUCCUCCACUUGCCCCAGAAUGUAAAAGCUUCAAAUGGAAAAUAGAAGUGAUAGGUCAGUUAAGCAAUGAUGUCAUGUUGCUACCCAUCAACUACACUGAUUGGAGGUUGGUUAGUCCACACAUAAAAGACAGAGCAUGGGCAGUAAUUCAGUCCAAAUUCAGAUUUGAUGAUCCAAUGAUGAGGAAAGAUUAUGUGAUGGGUGCACUAGGUAGCAGAUGCAAGGAUGUUAAAUUACGUUUUUGGAGAGAACACAAACGUAACAAUCUGAAUGAAACGUUGGAGAAUCGACCCGAAAAAGUUCCUGAAGAUCAAUGGUCUCAUUUGGUUCACUUGAGAUUCACCGAUAAGUGGAGGAAAAUGCAAGAACGGAAUACAAAGAACCAGAAAAAUCAUAUCAUGCCUCACUUAUGUGGAAGGAAGAGUUUUUCAAGAAAAAGAGACGAGAUUAAAAUCAAGACUGGGAAAACGCCAUGUCGAGUGGAGUUUUUUAUUGAGAGUCGCAAGAAACAUGAUGGAAGUUUCGUAUCAGAUGAGGCAAAAUUACGCGCGAUUGCACUUACGACGUUAUUGAAUCUAAAUCCGCAAGUCACAUACAACGGUACUGCUAGCUUGGAUGACGAAUAUAGUCAGGUGUUCGGUCCAGAGCGUCCAGGCCGAGUACAUUGUGUUGGUCGUGGGCCCACACCUUCAAGAUUAGUGAGACAUUCCAAUGCAACUAGAAGAAAAGAUAUAGAAAAUUCUGAAUUAGUUGCCCAGCUGAAGACACAAGUAAAGACAUUAGGUGAUCAAGUUAAUGCAAUGUCUACGUUCCUUGGACAAAUACUUGGUAAUUCAACCGGUGAACAAGCAAGUGCGUGGGCUGCAAAUUUUGCAACAGCUUUUGCAAACAUCCCAAAUCCAGCAUUUGUAAACAUUUCAAAUCUGCCUAAUCCUCAGGAAAGGGAUGGUGGUGCUAGCUAG